AUGAGACCCCUCACGCUAUCCACACUGGCGACCCUCGCCCUCCCAACGCUCUCCCAACUCCUCCCCCUCCACGUAUCCUCCCGCUGGAUCCUCGACUCGACCAACAAACGCUUCAAACUCAAAUGCAUCAACUGGGCCGGGCACAUGGAAUCCCACAUUCCCGAAGGCCUGCAGCACGCCUCGGCCGACUCCCUCGCGAGCAUCAUCUCCUCGUCGGGCUUCAACUGCGUCCGCCUGACCUUCUCCAUCGACAUGGCGCUGUCCCCGGACCUCAAAGUCAGCGACUCCUUCUCCACGCUCGCAUCCCGCGCCAACGUCGCCGACCCUUCGCAAGUCGCGCAACUCUGGACGAAGAUCCAAGAGAACAACCCCUGGAUCCGCACCGCAACCGUGCAGGACGCAUUCGCCACCGUCAUCGACGCCCUCGGCUCCAAGGGCAUCCGCGUCUUCCUGGACAACCACGUCUCCCGCGCCUCCUGGUGCUGCAACCUCACCGACGGCAACGGCUGGUGGGACGAGGGACAGCCGUACUUCGAGGCCAACCAGCGAAACUUCAACACGCAGAACUGGCUCAAGGGAUUGGCCGCCAUGGCCAAAUUCAGCGCCUCGCACCCGGCCGUCGCAGGUAUAGGCCUGCGCAACGAGAUUCGCGAGACGCCCGUGCUGCAGAAUCGGGACGACUGGUACCGGUUCGUGGGACAAGGCGCCCAGGCUGUGCAUGGCGCGAAUCCGGAUCUGUUGAUCGUUGUCGGUGGCGCGCUGUCGUCGACGGAUGCCACUUUCUUGCGUAGUCGACCGCUCGAUCGGUCGGGCUUUGCGGAUAAGUUGGUCUGGGAAUGGCAUCAGUAUGUCUUUUCCCCGCCGUGGAUCGCUUCUGCGCGCAACUGCUGGGCGUGGAGGAACAUUGUUGUGGGCGCGUUCACGGGCUUUCUUUUGGAGCAGGAGAAAGCGUAUACGGGUCCGUUGUGGUUGUCCGAGUUUGGUACGCAGCUAUCUGGAGGGCCGGCGGAGCAGAAUGGGAUCGGGGCAAAUAAGGAGGACUAUGAUUAUCUGAAAUGCAUCGUUGAGUAUGCUCAGGGGAAUGAUGGGGAUUGGGCGCUUUGGGCACUGCAGGGGAGUUAUUAUGUUAGGGACGGGGUGGUGGAUGCGGAGGAGUCUUGGGGUUUAUUGGAUAGAGAGUGGAAGGGUUGGAGGAACGAAGCGUUGAGGGAAGUUCUGAAGCCGUUGUUCCAGACCACACAGGGGCCAUAA